AUGGGGGCUACUCAGUUUGGUACACUGCUACUUUUCUUCACCAACUGGCUUCUCAGUGUUCACGCCGCAUCGGGAGAGUACUGCCACGGCUGGUCUGACAGUAACGGGAGCUGGCACUCGGGAUUCCAAUGUCCCGAGAGAUAUGAUGGGCAAGAAGCCACUUUCUGUUGCGGAUCGUGUGGCCUCAGGUAUUGUUGCUCCCUGCGAGAUAAUCGGCUGAACCAGGGCGUCUGCAGCAACGAUAACAAUGUCCAUCAGGAAGCAAACUCUUAUAGCAGGUCAACAUCAGUUCCUAUGUAUUUGCCAUUCCUCAUCGUUGGUUCCAUAUUUGUAGCUUUCAUCAUAGUUGGUUCAUUCAUUGCAGUUUGCUGCUGCAGAUGCUUGAAACCCAAGCCAAGGGAGAACCAGCAGGAUGCCCCCACUCAAAGCCGUUUGCUGGAGUCUAUUCCUUCAACUGGUAUCAGAACCCCUUCCCGCCAUUCUACUUCCAGCUCCACGACUACUUCCACAAGGAGUUCCAUGGGACGGCAGAACAACAUCUGUUCCAUGGGAACAGAUGGUAUAAACCUCUACAUGAACAUGCCUACAAAUUUCCCUGUCAUGGGCUGCCACCAAACUCAGCAAUUCCUACCUUCACAAUCCACAGGAAAUCCUUUCCUACCAGCACAAUAUAUUAGCUAUGGGCUUCCACCAGAUCACACACUCGUAAUGGCUUCUGCAUAUGUGGACAGACAAGGUUACGGACAACAAUCUCAUAAUCCUUAUUCACAUGGAUCAUUAAGUGGUGACCAGCUGAUGUACCCUGCAGUCACUCUGUAAGAUUUAUUCAUAUGUAAAAAUAAAAGCAGACAGUCUUUAUGGAGUCCCUGACAG